AUGCCUCAGUGUUGUGCAGCUUGGGGCUGUACAAACUGCAGAACAAUUACAACAACAAUUUGUGGAAUAACCUUUCACAAGUUUCUCAAAGAGAAGGAGUUGAGGAGGCAGUGGGAAUUUGCUGUUAGAAGGGAACAUUUUUCUGCCAGUGACUACUCCGUGCUCUGCAGUGAGCACUUUAAGCAGGAGGACAUUGACAGGACAGGUCAGAUUGUCAGGAUUAGAGAUGGAGCUAAGCCAACAGUCUUCAUUUUCCAAAGACAAGUGGCAACCAGGACAACACAAGCCUCAAGGAAGGCUGAAGAGAGCCUGUCAGUGGACUGUUGUCUGCAAGAGACUGAACCUCUACCUAAUGUUGAACACCUGUAUGCAAUGCCUGCAUCUCCCACUGGUCUGAAGACUAAAUUCAGUAAAGCCUUGGGUAGGGUGGAGAGUCUGGAGAGAGAUUUGAGGAACACAAAGGUACGAGAACGGAGGGCAAAAAAAUAA